AACUUCGGAACUGAGACCAGACGGACUAAAGUCACGCUUCUCUCCGCACAGCAGACCCGGCUUCACAACGCAAGGUGAAUCAUGAGCAGCAGCUACAGUGUCUCCCUGGCUGGCCCCGCCCCCUGGGGCUUCAGACUGCAAGGAGGGAAGGACUUCUGUCUGCCCCUCACCAUCUCACGGCUGACUGAUGAUGGCAAAGCAGCCAGAGCCAAGAUGAGUGUCGGAGACAUCAUUCUGUCCAUUAAUGGCAUUUCCACGGAUGGCAUGAAUCACCUAGAGGCCCAGAACAAGAUUAAGGCCUGCACAGGCAAUCUCAGCCUCACUCUACAGAGACCCUCCAGUGCCCCUAAAGAUGGAGUUCCUAAGGACGAACAUCAAGAAAUCAUUAAGCCUGUCCCAAUCACUCAUCCCGCCCCGAGCACUGCAUACACCAAGCCAUUGAGUCAGCCAGGUCCUGCAUACAACAAGACAGCCCGGCCAUUUGGGGGGGACGGCAUUGGGGUCACAGCUUCCUCCCCGGCUGCUCCCUCCAUUCCUUCACAGUCAUCUGCUUUCAAGCCAGCUGCCCCUUCUCAGCCAAUACAGCCUCCAUUUCUGCUGAAGUCAAGCCUCCCUGUCACGGACUCCCCUCCGGCCAACUCAGCUCCCAGGCCCAGCCCUGCUCGCCACACCUUCACCUCCCCGUCUGCCUCUUCCUCCUCAUCUAACUCCUCCUCUCCAGCCAGAGUGACAGCCCCCUCUUCCCAACCUAAUGUCCCACAGCCCUCCGUCUAUAACACACCUAUCAACCUCUACUCCAACAACAAUGCUUGUGAGGUGGUCAUGGGACAGAGGCGCGGCCUUUUGGAGAGCCAGGGGCUGUCAGAGCCCUUCAAUGGGAAACCAAAUGUGGAGCCUGAGGAUCAUGCAUCCCCACUGAGCGAUUCCAGCAAGAAGCGUCUGAUUGAGGACACCGAGGACUGGCACCCGCGAACCGGCACCUCCCAGUCCAGAUCUUUCCGUAUCCUGGCUCAGCUCACCGGCACUGAAAAAGAGCAAGAUCCAGAGAACAGUGGAAAGAAUGAGGCAGUUGACAAAACCACUCCCGCUGUGCACACCUCGCCUGCAGCAAAAACAUUUACCAAAUCUGCAGCAUCACCCAGGAAUGGCAACGCCGUCCCUGCUUCCACGUUCAAGAGCCCAGCGGCCCAGAACAAGCCUUCCUUCCAGCCUGGAGGUCCAACAGGUUUUCCUAAGGGUGGAGCAGCUCCUUCAUUUGGUAAGGUUACCAACCCUGCUCCUAAAGGUCCGGAUCGGCCCACCCCACAGCCUCAUCCACAGGACCUCAACUCCGUGGUGCAGCGUGCCGAGCACAUCCCAGCCGGGAAACGCACCCCGAUGUGCAACAAGUGCAACAAUGUCAUCAGGGGCCCAUUCCUCGUGGCCAUGGGCAUGUCAUGGCACCCCGAGGAAUUCGACUGUGCUCACUGCCACUCCUCCCUGGCAGACCGUGGAUUUGUGGAGGAGAAGGGCCAAGUGUACUGCGAACGUUGCUACGAGCAGUUCUUAGCUCCCACCUGCGGCCGCUGCCACCAGAAGAUUCUGGGGGAAGUCAUGAAUGCCCUGAAACAGACCUGGCAUGUGUCCUGUUUCGUCUGUUUCUCCUGCCAUCAGCCAAUCAGGGGCAACACAUUUCACAUGGAGGAUGGACAGCCAUACUGUGAGAAAGACUACUACAACCUGUUUGGAGCCAGUUGCCACGGCUGUGACUUCCCCAUCGAGGCCGGGGACAAGUUCCUGGAUGCUCUAGGAUUCACCUGGCAUGACACCUGCUUUGUGUGUGCGGUCUGCUCUGCUAGUCUGGAAGGUCAGGCGUUCUUCUCCAAAAAAGACAAGGCUUUGUGCAAGAAACAUGCCCACACUGUUAACAUCUGACCUGCCUCUCAUGAAUAUAUAGGGCAAAGGUGUCGGUGUACAUCAUAGAUUUCCGUCAGAUGUUAAUUAUUUUCAGAACUAACAUUGGAUCAGAGGGUCCAUUAUAAGCUUUACUUUUGCUCUAAUAUUGUUAUGUCAUAUCAGUUUGAAUAUGCAGUAAUUUCAAUACACUGUUAGCCCCCUGCCAGUUCAAAUGUUGCCUGCCAAUGCACAUGUUGUGCUGAGCUUUUUAUUUGUGCUGAAGGUUUGUUGAGCUCUUGAUGGGCAUUUUUGUCUCACACAUAAUAGGAUAGUUUACUGCAAUGACCUACUGAGCCCCUCGGGGGUCACAUAUUAUAAAGAAAUAUUGAUAUGGAAAGGUAUGCUAAUAGUUAAGCGAGUGAAAGGUUUCGAAAUAAUGAUUAUUUAACAUUGAGGGGGGUAAAUUAUUUAUUUUUAAGCAAGGAUUGCUCAGUCAAUACGCGUUCUGGCGUUCAAAAUAUUUUUUUUUAUAAUAUGUUGUUAUUUUUUUAUUGUUAUAAAAUGAUGUGGUGUGAAACCAUUCCCAGUAAAAGAAAGCACAAAAAAGUAAUGUGUACAGCAGUGUGAAAAUGAUACACUGUAGAGGAAAAAUGUCAUUAUUAAAAUUCGAUUAAGUCUGGUCAUUACAGAAACGACCCCAUAAUAGAUUGAAUGGUGUUGUUUAUGUUUGUUUUUUAUCCCCAUAGUUCAGGGGCAUCAUGCUUUCAGUGAAUACCAUCAUGAAACUGUACUUAAUUAAACUUGCUCCUGGUGUGAAAUGCACAGAAUUUGAAUUGUUUUUUGUUAAAUAUGGAGGGAGGGAAUGAACCCUCUGCUGUGGAAGUUGUUAUGCUGUUUUCUACCCACCAUCAUGUUGAAUUAGUUGAUGAUGCAUUUCUGAUGUUUGAUGGUAUUUGUCCAAUUAACACAAAACAAUGCAUAUACAUUUCAAAUUUUCUUUGUCUAAAACUUCUUAUGUGUGCAGUUGUAAAAUGGAUCUUUCAUUGGACGUAAAUAAAACACCUCUCUCUCUU